GAACACUCCACACACUCCUGAUUUCUGCCUGGAUGUGGCCUAAGUGAUCCAGUGUCUAGUAGCAGCCUGCCAGCAAGGGUUUCCAUGGUAACAGGCUCCCUCUGGGUCUGGGCAGUUACUAGGCAGCAGAGGAGACAAGCAGCAUCAGCAGCAGCAACAUGGCUCUCAUCCCCUCCCAGGUCCUGAGGGUUGCUAUCUUGCUCUCCUACCUCUCCAUCCUCUGCAAUUUCAAAGCCCUCGACAUCCCAGCUCACCAAACAUAUGGAGGCAGCUGGAAAUUCCUAACAUUCAUAGACCUGGUAAUACAGACGGUGUUCUUUGGAAUCUGUGUCCUGACAGACCUCUCGAGUCUCCUUACUCAAGGCACUGACGACCGAGAGCAGCAGAGACAGCUCAGGAAACUCAUCUUUCUUCGAGAUUGGCUACUGGCUGUGCUGGCAUUCCCUGUGGGUGUGAUGGUGGUGGCAAUGUUCUGGGCAUUGUACCUAUAUGAUCGAGAGCUGGUUUAUCCAAAAAUCCUGGACAGUUUUAUACCACCGUGGAUUAACCAUGGAAUGCACACUACAGUCCUCCCCUUCAUUCUAAUUGAAAUGAGGACAACACAUUAUCAUUAUCCCAACAGGAAGUCAGGCCAGGCUGCAGUUAGCAUCUUUUCGACUGGAUAUAUUUUAUGGAUUUGCUGGAUCCAUCACAUCACAGGAAUGUGGGUCUAUCCAUUUCUUGACCACCUCUCUAACAUCCUCAAGGCUGUUGUCUUUGUUGCGUCGUUGGUUGUGAUCAAUGUACUGUACGUGGUGGGCGAGAUGUUAAACAGUUUCAUCUGGGACGAGUCAAGAUGUAUAGAAGAAAAGGUUGACAGCAAGAACAAAAUGGAUUGACACAAGGUAGAAGAGAUUACAACGUGAAAUUGCGGAAUGGAGACAGUUGUUUCAAUUCAUCAAAAAAAAACAGAUAUUACAAUGUCCAAACAAUGUCAUGGAAUCACAGUCAUUAACCUCACAAACCUCAGCCAGCCAGUUUGGCUGGAGCUAAAUCACCUGACUAAUGAGAUCGUAGCAUCAAAAAGGUCAUUGGUUAAUUCGUAAUAAGUAACAAUUCACAGUUGUCAAAUUACAGAGGUUGAGUUUAAAAAGGUGCGAACUAUAAGAGACAAGAGUGUAGACUUUCCAAUUAGUGUGGUGUUUAUUUUCAACACCAGUGCUAACACAGUUAUUUUGAAUGGAUCCACAUUGGCGUUAUGUCAAGGACAGCAACAAAGCCUGGUUAAGAGCGAUCUGUGUUUUUCAGACUUCUCCACAUUCCCGUGUUUCCACCUCCCUUUCAUGAUGAGAGUCUUCAUUAUGUCAGUUAAUGCUCUGUUCUAAUAUAUGCAAGGUACUGAAGCCCUCUGUUCUCCUCAUGCCUGAAUUCUUACACAUUCAACAUUCGAACUGCACCCUUUUCUUUCUCUUAACUUUAAAAAUAUCGUCCUCAUUUUCAAAUCCCUCCAUGGUCUCGUCGCUCUCUACCUUUGUAGUCUCCACCAGCCUCUCAAUCUUCUGAGAUAUCUAUGCUCCUCCAAUUCAGGCCUGGUGAGUAUCUUGCUUCCCAUAGAUCAGUGUUCUGUUGUCUAGCCCCUAAAACUCUGUCAUUAAGUAUCUGACUCUUCCUAUACCAUCAAGGCACUCUCUAAAACCAACCAAUUUGAUCAUGUUUUUGUCCAUCUGUCCUAACGAGUCAAAUGUUCUUUGAUCAUGCUUAGGCAAGCAAUAGCCUAGUGGUAUUAUCGCUGGACUGUUAGCCCAGUGACCCAGGUAGUGUUCUGGGGGUCUGAGUUUGA